UCCCGCGCUCCUGCUCCUGCUCUGGCUCCCGCGGCUCCUGCUCGGCCUGGGCUCCCGCUCGCUCACUCUCUCUCUGUCUCUCUCUCCCCCCUCGCGCCCGUGGAAGCCCGCAGCCCGCCGCCACGCUAUGAAGGGCUGGCAGAGGCCGGAGCUGGCUCGGAGGGCUCGCGGGCAAGAGUGAAGGGACUGAAGCGCGCGUGGCAGCGGCGCUCGCGGGUGGGCGCGGGUUCCAGGUGAGCGCGAGCUCGACUCGGAGGCGGCUUUUGCGUGCGUGGACGCCGUGCCCUCUUCGCGGGAUCCUUGGCCACCGGAGCAGGUAAAUUUUGUAGGAGUAUUUUGAGAUGAAUGUUUGCAAAUUGUUUUGAUACUGCCAAGCACAACAUACAUGGGAUGUAUCCUGUUUUGAACCUGGAGUUCACCCCUGUGGCUUGGAUUUAUCAUAGUAGCAUCCAUCUUUGAUCUCUAACAAGACAUCAAGAAAAGACAUGAGGAGAUUUGUCUAUUGCAAGGUGGUUUUAGCCACUUCACUGAUGUGGGUUCUCGUUGAUGUCUUCUUACUCCUGUACUUCAGUGAAUGUAACAAAUGUGAUGACAAGAAGGAGAGAUCUCUGCUACCUGCACUCAGAGCUGUCAUUUCUCGAAAUCAAGAGGGUCCUGGAGAAAUGGGAAAGGCUGUCCUGAUACCUAAAGAUGACCAAGAAAAAAUGAAAGAACUAUUUAAAAUUAAUCAGUUUAAUCUGAUGGCCAGUGAUUUGAUUGCCCUAAACAGAAGUCUGCCGGAUGUUAGAUUAGAAGGCUGCAAGACUAAGGUUUACCCUGAUGAACUUCCUAACACAAGUGUAGUCAUUGUAUUUCAUAAUGAAGCUUGGAGCACUCUUCUUAGAACUGUUUACAGUGUUAUAAAUCGCUCCCCACACUAUCUACUCUCAGAGGUCAUUUUGGUAGAUGAUGCUAGUGAAAGAGAUUUUCUUAAGUUGACAUUAGAGAAUUAUGUGAAAAAUCUAGAAGUGCCAGUGAAAAUCAUUAGAAUGGAAGAACGCUCUGGGUUAAUACGUGCCCGCCUUCGAGGAGCAGCUGCUUCAAAAGGGCAGGUCAUCACUUUUCUGGAUGCACACUGUGAAUGCACAUUAGGAUGGCUGGAGCCCUUGCUAGCUAGAAUAAAGGAAGACAGGAAAACAGUUGUUUGUCCCAUCAUUGAUGUAAUUAGUGAUGAUACCUUUGAAUAUAUGGCUGGGUCAGACAUGACUUAUGGGGGUUUUAAUUGGAAACUGAACUUCCGUUGGUAUCCUGUUCCCCAAAGAGAAAUGGAUAGACGGAAAGGAGACAGAACAUUACCUGUCAGGACCCCUACUAUGGCUGGUGGCCUAUUUUCUAUUGACAGAAACUACUUUGAAGAGAUAGGAACUUACGAUGCAGGAAUGGAUAUCUGGGGUGGAGAGAAUCUUGAAAUGUCUUUUAGGAUUUGGCAAUGUGGAGGCUCAUUGGAGAUUGUGACCUGUUCACAUGUUGGUCAUGUUUUUCGGAAGGCAACUCCUUAUACUUUCCCGGGUGGCACUGGUCAUGUCAUCAAUAAGAACAAUAGAAGAUUGGCAGAAGUUUGGAUGGAUGAAUUUAAAGAUUUCUUCUACAUCAUCUCUCCAGGUGUUGUCAAAGUGGAUUAUGGAGAUGUAUCAGUCAGAAAAACAUUAAGAGAAAAUCUGAAGUGUAAACCCUUUUCUUGGUACCUAGAAAACAUCUAUCCAGACUCCCAGAUCCCGAGGCGUUAUUACUCACUUGGUGAGAUAAGAAAUGUUGAAGCCAAUCAGUGUUUAGACAACAUGGGCCGUAAAGAAAAUGAAAAAGUGGGUAUAUUCAACUGUCAUGGCAUGGGAGGAAAUCAGGUAUUUUCAUAUACUGCUGACAAAGAAAUUCGAACAGAUGACUUGUGCUUGGAUGUUUCUAGACUCAAUGGACCUGUAAUCAUGUUGAAAUGCCACCAUAUGAGAGGAAAUCAGUUAUGGGAAUAUGAUGCUGAGAGACUCACCUUGAGGCAUGUGAACAGUAACCAGUGUCUUGAUGAACCCUCUGAAGAAGACAAAAUGGUGCCUACUAUGCAGGACUGUAGUGGAAACAGAUCACAACAAUGGCUGCUAAGGAACAUGACUUUGGGGGCCUGAAGACCAUUUCUCUUUGGUCAAGGAAAUUUCUACACUUCUGUUUUUUUUCAUUAUUUCAAUUAGGGGGAAGCAUUAAUUUUGCUAAAUUUAAGAAAGAAAUGUUUAAAAUCCUUUUAGAAUUCUAAAAAACAGAUAUUUAUAAUUAGUUUUCAAAAAUAUUUGCUUAUUUCCCUUCCAAAUUUGUCUGAUCAAAGAA